GAUAACAACAACACGGUUACGGAUUCGACCACAUCGGUAGCUCCCAAGCAACAUAAAACCGAAACAUUGGAGCUCUUUGGACCGUUAUGUGUGUUAUAGACAUCAGUGUUUUAAACACGCUGUCUGCGUAUAAAGUUAUUCCAUUUCACACUGACGCUGUUAGUCAGCUAGCUGGUUAAAAUAGCCUAGCACUAGGCUAGUCGAUCAUGCGAAUGAGCUAACAUCUCAGGACAUGAACUCACUAAAUUACUCCCACUCUGCUAAAGAAGAAGCUCGUGGCCUGAACGUUGUCGUGGCAGAGGAAGAGGAGGAAAAAGAAGCGUUCGGAAUGAAAGAAGAGAAGAAGGCUAUCACAUUGAAAGAAGAAGAAGGUAUUGGAGUAAAUGAGGCGAUGUACGUUACAGGGAAAGAAGUGGAGAAAGAAGAAGACGCCGUUUUUAGAGUGAAGGAGGAGAUUACUGUCACAGUGAAAGGAGAGGAAGAAGGUUUCGGGGUGAAAGAGGAGGAGAAGUACAUGACUGUCACAGUGACAGGAGAGGAAGAAGAGCAUGUUUUAGUGAAGGAAGAAGAGCAUGUUUUAGUGAAGGAAGAAGAGGAUGUAUUUGGAGUGAAAGAGGAGGAAGAUGCUAUGAGAGUGAAAGAUGAGGGGGAUGAUGAUGAUGAAGAGGAGGGGGAGACUGGAGAUCUGAUUAACACCAAAGAGAGACCAGACUCUCAGUCUGACGGCAGGAAGAGUCCUUUGGGGGAACCAGACCCAGAGACGCCCAAACCAGCAAGACCACACCACUGCUCCCAGUGUGGAAAGAGUUUUUCCCGGUUAUGGGACCGGAAAAUACAUGAGAGAAUACACUCUGGAGUGAAGCCUUACCACUGCUCAGACUGUGGAAAGAGAUUUACCCAGCUAGGGCACCUGAAAGAACAUAAGAGAACACACACUGGUGAGAAACCCUACCAAUGCUCCCAGUGUGGAAAGAGUUUUAACCAGUUAGGGGCCCUGAAAACGCAUGAGAGAAUACACACAGGAGAAAAGCCCUACCAAUGCUCCCAAUGUGAAAAGAGAUUUACCCAGUUAGGUACCCUGAAAGAGCAUGAAUUAAAACACACAAAGACACAGGAGAAGACAUACCACUGCUCUCAUUGUGGGAAGACAUUUUCCAGGUCAGAGGACCUGAAAUCACAUGAGAGAAUAGCGAGGCUGUGUUCCGACUUAUGUUUUUGACUGAGAUUUUUUUUUUGUCUUUGUUCAUGCUAGAUGCUGUUCAUCACGUUUGCCGCUUGCUGACUGAUAUUUUUUUUAAAAGAGAGCGCUCGUAGACCUUGUCCCGUUGGGACGUAGACAGUUCCGGAAGACAAAUGAAUAAUGUCAGUCAUAAGUAUUUUACAGUUCUUCCAGAGCGGGCGGUAACUGUCAGUGUAGUUGACCUCUGAUUCGUCGAGCUUCAUGUCAGUCAUUCCCACUUCGGUCCACGUGUGUGAAAGAAGGUGUGGUUGAUUGCAUUUUUACAAAGGCCCUGAUCUAUUUUCCACUAAUAUGGUCUUAUGAUCACAUCAUAAGGGGGCGGCAGGGUAGCCUAGUGGUUAGAGCGUUGGACUAGUAACCGGAAGGUUGUCAGUUCAAACCCCCGAGCUGACAAGGUACAAAUCUGUC